UAAUUUGUUUUGUAGUCGCAACCCUUAUUGCGAUCCUAUACUAACUACUAAAGUCUUUAUUUUCACCCACUUUCACUUUCCCCUUCUAUUUCCUCUAAACACCUUCUCCCACUCCUCCAUCAUCCUCAUCAUGGCUAAAGGCGCAUCUCAAUCUCAAUCAUCAACCUCCACAUCCUCCCGUCCAGGAGGAGGCGGACUCGCCGCUCCACGCGGCUCCGCUGCCGCCACUGCCGGCAUGCGUCGUCGCCGUCUCACCUCCGGAAACAGCACCGCCAGCGUCGGAGGUGGAUCUAGCGGAGGAAGCAACAUGCUGAGAUUCUACACUGAUGAUGCACCUGGUUUGAAGAUUUCUCCUACGGUUGUUUUGGUUAUGAGUCUCUGCUUCAUUGGUUUCGUCACCGCACUUCAUGUGUUCGGGAAGCUUUAUCGUUACAAAGCUGGUGCUGGUGUAUAAUUCAAGGAUCCGAAUCCGAUUCUGGAUCUGAGAGUUUGUUUACUUUUCGGAUCUUGAUCGAUCCAUUUCAGAAGUGCUUUGUUUUCGUUUCGUUGUUCUUUAAUUAGAAACUGUUUAAUUUUACUGUUUUUUUCUUACUAAGUUCUAUUGAAGUUGCUUGGUUAGUUUUUUUUUUUUUUUUUGAGGGAAGUUGCUUGGUUAGUUUUGUUUCUUCAUUUUCUGAUUAUGCGUUGUUGAAUGAUUUAUGUGAAUUAAUUUACUUUAGCA